AUUCUACCCCGGGCCGCAUCACAGUCCACACUCGACAUUUCAUCGCAAGUCGUCCAGAAGUCUCUCUUGCCCAUCCACCGACAAAGACAUUGCUUGCAAGCCAGGAGAGGUGCAUCGAAGGUGUUGCUGGGAGCAGUCGGGCGGGGAGCAGCAUUCAACUGCAUAGAUAGUUUAAUCUCUCUGAGUUUGCGAGUGCGGAGAUUUCAGCGCGCUUUCACCCCGAACGGCAAACGUCCCUGCGAAUCACGAUGCAGCAAACCCCGGUUCAGCAGCAAUAUCAAGGCCAGCAGCCCCAAGCGGUGGCGAUUCCUCCCGUCGGAAUACCCGCCGUGAUGUCGGCCACCCCGGGGUCCAUGAACAUGGGUACCCCGGGCACUGUCUUGCCGAACGGUCAGUUCGUUCCCAACGCGACGCCCGCCCAGAUGAGUGUCCUGCCAAACGGCCAGGUGAUGGCACCCUCCGCCGCCGGCGGCAUGACGGCAGCGGCGGCUGGGUUUCCGGUCCACACCCAGCCCCCGGGGGUGGAGCCUAACUUGGGGCCGGUGAUCACGCGAGAACAGCAGCAGGUUGUGGGGGUGCCGCCGGGGAUGACUCGAGAAAGCAUGGCACCUGGGUACGACCCGCGGCUCAAGAAGCAGAGAAGGGUGUUCGAUCCUCGGUACUCCUUCAAGGAUUCCUUCGGGAACAGCAGAAACAGGAGCUGCUGCACAGUAUCCUAGCUGCGUUGUCUGCACAAUAUCCUUGCUGCUUCUUUGUAGGUAAUCACAAUAUCUCGGCUGCUUGGUAACGAGCGUUCAGUUUUUGAGGGCGGGCGGGGGGGUAGGGGGGUUGUCGACGAGGGGCAGAUUGUUUGGGCCGGAGCCGGGCGAGGGCGACCUCAUGAGCAUCUGAUUCGCCCCGUUGUGCGUGGCGGCAGCUAAGAUACUUUGCAUAGUUUGGUAGUAUCGAGAGGUACGAAGUGCUUCGAGUUUGGGUUUCCAGUUAGGGUUUCCAGUGCUUUGCAUGGUGAACGUCAGUGUUUUAUGUUUGGAUGCGUUCAAGCGUUGAGGCGUGAGGACUACCCUCCAUCUCUGCAGAAAGCAUAUUUCCGGUGCUUUCUCCAGAUACACAUUAUUUUGUGUUGGAACAAGAAGGACAUGACUGCCUGUACUGGUCGUUACGGCACCAACUCCGACAGAAUGAAGGCAGUGUACCAGAUGAAAGUACCUUAUGAAGACCUUCAGUAGUAAGCCACAGAUGUGUUGUAUGUGGGCACUUCUCAUGUUGAGGAGAGAAUAGUAACUCGCUGUGUGUAUGAAGCCCGAGAAUUUUCGCCCCCAGUUUGGAAUGAUGUCGGGGGUUUCCGUAGUAGCGUUGGUAGGUUGGGAUGCUUUGACAGGUUGAUCGACGACUUCCGCACCAGGUAUACUUGAUGGCGGAGCUGGCUUGUACGCGCACUACGUGGCAGUGCACGGCAACGCGCUUGAUAUUUGACAGUGGCCAUUUGUUGAAGGAAGGUUGCAAGUGUGGUGAUGGGUAUUUUGUUUACAUGAUACGUAAGACCUUCGUGGAUUUUUAUUUCGCGGGUUAAAUAAGUGUACGCGAGCACCGUGUGUUUGAUCUAGUACCGUGUGUGUGAUGAAAACGUAAACAUCACAGCAGGCCCAUCUUAUCGUAGAGAUGUGAAAUUCGUCUUGUCUUCGUUGGAACGCAGCGACACCGCCGUGUGUUAGGCUGUCGUAUCGUGGCCUAUUGGCUGUCCUCCAGGCUCUUGUGUAGUCCCUUGCAAGGCGGUGGCGUAGGGUAUGUGUGGUCUGGGGGGUACAGGUAGUAGGUAAGUCGAGCACAUGCGAGGGAAAGGGAAGGAGCGAGUGUCCGAAUUGCCAACUGUACUUGCGUAUGGUGCAAACGGGAGAACAUCGAGAACUUUUACCGCUCGAAAGCGGCGACGAUGUGUAGGUUUGGCAGCAUGCUCUUACGAUUGAAUGCAAACACGUUUCCUUGGCUGAAGACUGGACAUUGGUCUACUGCAGGUACUGCAGUUUAUCUCACGUGAUCAUUUUGAG